ACCACCACCACCACCACCACCACCACCACCACCACCACCACCACCAACAACACCAACAACCACUACCUAGCUCAGCUACUACUACUGCAGCAGCACCAUCUCCCGGCCCUGUCAAAGUCCUCGUCUCUGCGCUCCAUGCGUACCUUUACAUCUUACCCUCUCCUCGUCCUCGACAUAUACUGUACAUUUCCAAACUCGAUUCCUCAGGCUAUCUCCCAUCUUAGAACGGACGUUCGCCGGGAGGCAAGUGUUCAGAUUCAAUUGUUCGCUCGGAGUCAAGGACAAUACUUAUUCCCGAACAGCAGCUUGGCACCUGGGAAGAGAGUUGCUGGGGGGCUGCGAUUGUGCGCAUGGUGGAAAGGAGUCUAUGAGUCCGUAGCGGCGCGUGUGGUGGUAGAUGGAUCAAAAGGCGACAGAGUCAAAGACCUCUCGGUCAACGAGGAGACUGGGACGGCUCAGAAUGGGUCGACACAUGAUCCGAAUGGGAUGCGCGUUGAAUCCUCAAAACAACCGAUAACCCUGCGGUACCUCUUGCCCAGCUACUCGGCAGAAGAAGCGAAAGGAAUGCUGGGCGCGUCAAAGAUGACUCUGCCGGACGGCCUAGGGUGGAUGUAUGGGCCCCCUUUCGCUUCAACACCGAACGGACAGAGUCCUACAUUGGCCAUGGUGAUUCCAUCGUUGCCCGACGACCCGAAAACCAGAUUCCUAGACGAAUUGGUCUCGGAACUAACGCCAACAGUUCCGCACGAUCGAGCUAGCAGAUCAGAGACUAAAGUCAACGGUGACCAUGGACGGUCAAAAGGCGAUCGUGCCCCUCUAGAAGUUGGCGCACUUCCAAUGGCGGAUCUUGCAACGGCCGACACAGCCUCAUCCCAUGCUGAACUUUCUUCCAACGCCCUCUGCACUAGUGCUGAAGGCCCUGGUCUAACUUCGUCUGGCGUCACGUUGGUUGAGUCGCUGAAUGGUUCACCCAAGAAGAAGCAGACCAAGCAUCUUGGUGCCACGACUCUAGCUCAGCGAGAGAAAGAGCGACAGAUGGACGAAGCGGAUCGAAAAGCCGCAGAAGGGGCUUUGUCCCGUAUAUCUCCAGAUGAAUUCUGGGAACGGAUGGGUUUCAGACAGGAAUGUGCAAGUGGAGAUGUCACGGGUUUCUUCACGCUCGAAUCGUCAGUCACCUCGUCCAGUCCGACGAAGGAGAAGCAGUCAACUUCUCGAGAGCUUGAUAGGAAGAGUUCUAGUCCGAUAUUGACGGAUGAAGAUGGUCCUGAUGGGCUCGCCAUCGCGCCGCCUACCUCUGGAUCUAGACCAUCACCAAAUGUGCUCUUAUCUUCGUCAAUGGACCUUCCCAACGAAUUAGUGGACCGUAUCCUCACUUCUUUGCUCAAUUGCGAUUUCGCCUCUCAAUCACUGGCUAUUGAAAGUACCAAGAUAUGGUCCAGAGGAGCAAAGGGGAUCGUUAUAGGUGAGAUUGGAGAGUCCGGCUGGGAGACGUGCAUAGCCAGUAUCAGCAAGAAAGAGGGGCUCGAUACGGGAUUGACAGUCAAGCGGAAAGAAGAAGAAGAACUAGUCGUCACCAUGCUGCAGCCGCGCAAGAAGAAAAGAGCUUGACUGUGUUUAAGAGUUCUGGACAUCUGUCCGACAUGGCACAUGUGUAACUG